AUGGUGCGCAAGGCUGAGUGGUUAAAUUCCCCACUUGCGCUUACACAGCGCUGCUCCAACCUAUUGAUGAAAUGGGGACUGCCGAUCAUCCUGUUACACCUGGUGGAUUACGUGGUUCAGUCUACUCCUCCAAGUGAGUGGGCGAGGGACACUGUGCUACUUGAUGGCUUUUCGGGACAACAAGCCCUGAGCCAAUACUAUCGUGAACAAGGACUGGCAGCGGACCAUUUUGACCUGCUUGAUGGUCCUGAUGGAGACAUACUUGAACCGAAAGGCUUCUGCCAAAUCAUCAAGAAGGUCCUCAAAAUAGCCCCUUGUGGGCUCCUAUUUGGGGGCCCGCCCUGCGGGAGUUGGGUGUAUAUAAAUCGAGCCACCUCCAAAAGACAAGCAAGGAGGAUAUUCGGAGAUUGUAGUCGACUUUAUGUUCGACAUGCCAACACGAUAACAACUCGUUGGAUAAUGUUGGGACUGCUUGCAGCUUCCAGGGCUGUGCAAUGGCUGACAGAGCAGCCACGUUCUUCUGUCAUGAUGUUAUGUCCAUAUGUGCGCUACGCUGCGUUGGCCCUGCGACCACUAUGUUGGAAGGUGGUUUCCUUUCCAAUGGGCUGCUAUGGUCAUCGGAGCCAAAAACCAUCUCUUUGCUUUGGUACAUCGAGUUGGUUGGAGUCCCUCAGCAGCAAAUUGACGCUGAAGGACAAAGAGCGUAUCAAGAAGAACAAGGAGGACCCGAAAAAGGCCAUGGUGAUCCGAACUAUUUCCAAACGAGGAUCCAUCUCCGUGCGGCAAGGAGGACCAGGGAUGAAGGAUUCCGCGGCCUAUCCUCGUAAGUUUGCCAAGAAGAUCCACAAAGAACAUACAGCUUCCAUGGAGGAAGCCACUUCUUCUGGUGCCUUCACAUCCGGGCCGGCUGUGGAUAAUACCCAGAAACCACUCAAGGGGCCCUUCCGCUGGCGACACGCCAGAUUGGCUGGCUUGAAGGAGUUCUUGCUCGAACGAAUUGCCGAUGGUUCUUACCGUCCUAUCCUAACCCAUGGUUUGGGGGAGUUCGACUAA